AGUUCCUGGUCUUACUGUUCUUCUCAAUGUUGACGUCCUCGAAAACAUCUCUGUCGGCAGCUACUCCCAAGCAGUCCAGAGGAAUGAUAAUCCGUGGUCCUAACGAAAUGGCUAUGGAGGAUAUCCCGAUGCCCGGUGCACCGCAGCAAGGAGAAUGUCUCAUCCGAGUCAGGGAGGUCGGCAUUUGCGGCUCUGAUGUCCACUUCUUCAAGAACGGCGCUGUUGGCGGCUUUGUUGUGAAGUCUCCGACAGUUAUUGGCCACGAAGGUGCGGGAGUGGUUGAACAGGUCGGGGAGGGUGUAACUGACUUGAAAGUCGGUGACAGGGUAGCUCUGGAGCCGGCAGUUCCUUGCGGUCACUGUGAAUUGUGCAAAUCUGGAGAGUACAACCUGUGCCCUGAGAUAAAGUGUAUCGGUGCGCCCCCUAACAAUGGAUGCCUUACCCGAUUCAUCCGCCAUCCCGCCUCGCUGUGCUUCAAGCUGCCUGAUAAUGUCUCGCUUGAGGAGGGUGUUAUGGUGGAGCCCCUAGCUGUAGCGACUUAUGCCUGUAAGGAUAGAGCUGAGGUGAAGAAGGGGGAUAAGGUCCUCGUCUUUGGUGAUGGCCCUAUUGGUACGAUGGCGGCGAUGGUAUCCUCUGCAUUGGGUGCUAGUCGGGUUCUGGUGUGCGGUCAUCAUACUGAUAAACUGCAAGAGAUUGUGGAAGCCUGUCCUCGAGCAGAGAUACUAAACGUGAAGAGAAGUGGUGACUACAACCAAGUAGCUGAGGAGAUUAGGGGUGUUCUAGGAGGCCCAGCCAACUGUUCUAUCGAUACCACAGGGGCUCAGGAUGCGGUUUCCUCGUGCAUCAGAGCUACCCAAUCUGGAGGCCGUGUGGCUAUGGUCGGUAUCGGAGCAAUGGAGAUGAAACUUCCUAUUGUUGAUGCUCUCAUACGUCAAGUUGAUAUCAGAGGCACGUUCAGAUUCUGCUAUACCUAUCCUACGUGUAUUGAUAUGAUCAGCAGUGGUAAGAUAGAUGUCAAGCAGCUCAUUACGCACAGAUACCGUUUCAACAACGAUGAAAUACUCCAGGCAUUCGAAGAUUGCAGAGCUGGUGUUGGUCGAGAUGGCCGUCCGGUCAACAAAUGCAUGAUUAACAUCGAUUGACUUCGUCUUUUCUCUAGCUAGAUUCCCUCAUACACCAAUUUAGUAGUUGUACUUGUUCGAAAGGUUGUUCUCUGAUGUUAAGCUAUAUCUCAGUCACAACGGACUUCUCAC